AUGUCCGAGUUGGUAGACACAAACGGUGCAUCGGACAGGAGUCCCGAACGUGGCUCGCGGGCUGAUCGUGGAGUGGCACGUAGCCCUUUGAGCGCUGCUCAAGAUUCGAAGCAGUCGCUGCAUGUCAUUGAUGGCGUGGUCGGACAGAGUCGGAGGCAUCUUGGGCUCUGUUCAGAGGCGACGGAGACGCCGUAUCCUGGCUGCAAGAUGCCGGGCGUCGACCCUGAUCCAGGCUCGUCGCAGCCUGCAGCAACGACCAGCGGCUCGUUCGGUUUUUCUCCCGAACAUCUGGAGGCAUAUUGGCUUCGCACCUACGCCAUUUUAAAUAAGCAACGGUGGAAGAAGGAUCGACAAAUUCGUUCGACCGUGAUUCGCACUAAUUUAGUGCGUUACGCACCAACUAGUUUGUAUCAAAUGGAGGCACCAGGAAUUAAGCGAGAGCGCGAAUCGAAGGAAAGUAUGUUGCAGUCGCUCUACGACACUCCAAGCAAAGCGCAAAAGUCACUUGAGGAAGGAAAAGGUAAGCGCUGGACGCCUGACCAGGACGACGCGCUGCGCAAAGCUGUCGAAGAAUUUGGACAACGCAACUGGAAGGCGAUUGCCUCGCGUGUGGGCGGACGAAACCAUGCACAGUGUUUGCAACGCUGGAACAAGGUUUUGAAGCCUGGACUUGUAAAAGGUCACUGGUCUUUUGAAGAAGACAGCACGCUUGAGCAAAUGGUUUUGCAAGGUUGUCACUCGUGGGGAGAAGUGGCGGCUCACAUUCCCGGAAGGACAGCAAAGCAGUGCCGCGAGCGAUGGCGAAAUCAUCUAGACCCUAGUAUUAACAAAUCACCUUUUAGCCUUGAGGAAGACACUGUGAUACAAAGAGGAUUCGAACAUAUGGGGAAUCGCUGGACGCAGAUUGCAGAAUUGCUUCCAGGACGGACGGAAGAUGCUGUCAAGCUGAGAUGGAAAGCGUUAAAUCCGAAUCAAAGGGUGAAAGCUAAGCCUGGGCGCCCAAAACUGAUGCCAGGUUUUACGGUCAACAAAUCACGCUCUACAAUACCCCCAACGCCCGAUGAUGUUGCAGCGUCCAUGAUGAACGGGUCAAUCAUGAUACCGGAUUUAUCAACUUAUGAAUAUGAAAAUUCUACUCAUACACCUUGCUGCGAUAAUGGCGCAUCCACAACCUCUAAAUCAAUGCAUUCGUCACAGAUUGGCAUGCCAAAUAUAAACGAAUCUCUAUCCUCAUCACAGGACAUGCUUCCAGACCAAUUCUACGAACCAAUUGUCGAGCCACAGAGCGAUGACGUUAUAGCCGAGCUUGAUAUGAGGGAUGUGGUGAUGCUUAAAGAGCUGCUUCAUAGCCACACCAAUAGUCUGCUCAGUUUCGGCAGUGCUUGCGGCUUAAGCUCCAUGACAGAGAUGUCACCGGAAGAUUUACUUGAAAGUGGUGAACUGGAUGAAAUGUUUCGCGCGACUGUGUCGAUUUCGAAAGAAAAGGAGAUUGGAAACAAGGGUCGUUGUACUCAGAGUUUAAUGGAUAAUUUGACUAGCUCAUUCAAAAAUCCAGCGUCGCUUCAAAAGGCUGUUCAAAUGUUAGAUCAAGACGACAAGCAUUUAUUUCACGAGCUGGUUGACAGUUGGCGGAUGCGAAGAACGGAUGAUGAAAAUGCAAUUCUUCACGAUGUGAAUCUUCCUGUGGAGGUAAACGCGUACUCGCAGCACAACUUUGUGAAGAAAACUAGCCAAAAAUCGGCGUUGAUGGCGGAUUCUGAUGAGUCGCGAUCAAUUUCUCGACGAAAUUCGAACGGCAUUUUGCAUGAACUGGGUAACAUCUCUAACGACAUUGGCGACCUGCUUCAUUCAGAUCUUAUGCGUCCGAUCCGCAAGGUGAUGGCGAUCGCGGCUUAUUGUAAUACUGACGCGAUUCGACGAAUGUUAAUGCGACGUCGAUGUUGA